AUGGUCGUCGCUUUCGUGGGCCUCUUGGACAUCCAGCGGAUGUUCAGCUAUUUUGAAAGCGCCAAUGGUCGCUUCUCCAACCGCUACGGCUUCGUGGGGCUGGAUGCAAUCGCGGACGGCCACACGGACUUCGUCGUGUCCGAUGGCAUGAACGAGGCUGGGCUGACUCUUUCGCUCCAUACGAUGAGGACUGCAGAGUACGAGGAUGCCGAGCCCGGCAGGACGACGUUGUUGAUCAACGAUGUGAUCCCGUGGGCGUUGGGGCAGUUCAGUUCGGUGGCUGAGGUAGCCGCGGGCCUGGAGAACGUGAGCGUCGUACCCUUCCAGGGCGCCACGCAAGAGGACUUCGUGCACUGGGCGAUAGCAGAUGCGGCUGGGAAUUCCGCCGUGCUGGAGUACGUGGCAGGCAAGCGGGUGCUGCACAGGAACGACGUUCGGGUGAUGACCAACGAUCCGGACUUCACAUGGCACCUGAAGAACCUGAACAUGUACGUGGGGCUAUCGCCGCAGAAGCCAUCGGGCAACGCGGCUAUCACCGUGAACACCGAGAUUGGCGAGGUGCCUCAGAUUUGGAGCCUCGGAUUCAAUCUGCUUGGGUUGCCAGGCGACACUUCCCCAGCAUCCAGAUUCGUGCGUUUGUUCUACUUGCGACAGUACGCGCAGCUGGCCGAACCAGCUACGUCGGUGGAAGACGCCAUCGUCCUUGCCACGGGACUGCUCAACACCGUGUUCAUCCCUCGCGGAACGGUAGCACCGCUGAACGGUUUCACCGACCCCCUCUCCUACGAGCUCACCCAGUUCGGCCUACUGAAGAUACCCUCGCAGCGGAAGCUCCUAGUCCGCGGCUAUCGCAACAUGGGCUGGCGAGAGGUCGACCUGAGCAAGCUGCGUUGGGACCAGCGCCGGUCGAUCCCGGUGGAAGACGGCACGCUGGGCAUACAGGACGUCACGGGUCAGCUGGUCGCGGAGCCGGGCGAGUUGAUCUGA